AUGGAAAAGGUGCAGGUGUACAUGGACAAGUGGGCCAAAGACCUGGAAAAGUUCCCAGUGCUGCAGUCGGCCCAAGAGGCCACGGGCGUCGAGAAGCUGUACCUCGUGGCGAGCGGCGCAGCGCUUGUGCUGCUGCUGCUGCUCGUGGGGUUUGGCGCGGGGCUCAUUUGCAACGUCGUGGGCUUUGUGUACCCCGCGUUCUGUUCGUUCCGAGCGAUCGAGUCGCGCGACAAGAAGGACGACGUCCAGUGGCUCACGUAUUGGGUCGUCUACGCCUGUUUCAUCCUCGUCGAGGUCUUUGCCGACUUUCUGCUCUACUGGAUCCCGUUCUACUACGCGUUCAAGUUGGGCUUUCUGCUCUGGCUCUUUAUGCCGUCGACGCUGGGCGCGUCGUUUCUGUUUCUGCACUUCCUCGCGCCGUUUCUCAAGUCGCACGAGUCGCGUAUUGAUCGCGCUAUGAAAGAAGCCGUGACGAGCAGCGGGUCGGUCAUGGCCGACAUUAGUGGCGUCGCGAGGGAUAUUGGCCGGGACGUGACCCACGCGGUGGCCAGUCGGAUCGUGGACAAUGCGUCUGCGCAGUGA